ACCAGCCACAAUGGGUUCUGCGAAGCCAUUUUUACUCUCUGCUUGCAUUUUCUCUCUUUUCGCUUUCUUGCCUUCGUCUUCUUCGCUUGAAUCAGCCGGUGAACGUUCUCUAGUUGUUGCUCCAUCUGCCGUGAUGCAAUUAUCUCAUGGGUUGCCAGUGAAAAAUUCUCCUGGAAAGCAUGGAAAGUCCAUGUUUUGUGAAAGAAUUCAUAUCUAUGGAUUGUCGAGGAUUAAAAAUUUGGGCAAAUUUGCGCACUCUGCGACGGUGAAGAUAGCCGGACGAAACUCAAGUGUUCACGUACCCAAUGCCGAAGUCUGUUUCCAUAGGAAUCUAUCUUUGGCAAUUGGAAUGUGUCCUGAAGUUCAGUGGGAGAAAGUUACCAAGGGUUCCUGGGUUCGACAUAUGUCGCCUUUUGACCGCAAAAUUUUAGAUAUACAGACUGCUACUUCAUCCUUAGAGAGCUUUGAGGUGUCCAUUGAAGAAGAAUUUUUUCUUCAUCGCGUAGUACUUCUGGUACUGGGCAUAGUCAUGCUAAGCUUGGCUUCCUUUCUGAGCAAAUCACUAGUAUUUUACUAUGGAAGUGCAAUGGCAAUUGGUGUCAUCCUCGUUAUAUUGGUGGUUCUUUUCCAGGGGAUGAAGCUUAUUCCAUUUGGUGGAAGGAGACUCGCAAUCUUUAUUCCCUCGUCUAUUGCUGGUCUUGGAUAUAUACUCAAGCAAGUUGCACCUGACUUCUUGCGUGCAAUACUUACAAUGCUUGGAAUUGAUCAAGAAAUGUAUGAUCCUGUGGUAAAAUUUCUGCUGGCAUUUGUUAUUCUAGCUGGAGCAUGGUUGGGCUUCUGGGUGGUUCGUAAAGUUGUCCUCACAGAAGAUGGAUCAAUUGAUAUAAGCACAUCUCUAUUCGUUGCAUGGUCCAUCCGUACCUUGGGUGCGCUUAUGAUUCUUCAGAGUUCUGCAGACCCUGUACUUGCCACAGAAGCUCUGAUAUUGGGAAUAAUAGUUUCUUCGUUAUUGAGAAGAAUUUUUAGGUUGCGAUUCCUCCGUCGCGUUUACAAAAAAUUAAUGAAAUCAGCUAAAAAGGACAGGAGAAUAUCACACCUUCCUGAUUCUUCAGCUUCUGAAGAUUCUCUCGAUGAAGAAACUAACACGAUUCGAAGCAAUGUAGACUCCAGUUUCCUGAGGCGUCCAUUAAGAAAUUUCACAGUUGCAUCGUCGCGUCCUGACCAAGGUUUUGGCAGGAGAAUCCUCCCUCAGCAGCAAUUGGAUACAGGCUUACACCUUUCUAGCUUCCAUGCUACACCUGAAAGGAGAAAAUUCUCCAAGCAGGAUUGGGAGAAGUUUACCAGAGAUUCCACCGAGAAAGCCUUGGAUGAACUUGUUUCCUCACCUGGUUUUGGUAAAUGGCUUUACCGAAAUGCAGACAGAAUUAGUGUAUCCCCCAACAGUGGUAGAGCCGAACGGCAACGUAAGUGGCUCCUGUGGUCUUAAAGAGCCCCGUUUUGAAAGUCAGAAAUUGGCGAGUGCGAGAUGGAUUAGGAGGAAGCCUAAAAUGGGGUUUGAAUUUUGAAGUCUUAUCGGUAUGGAGAGAAGUAGGAACAGUUGCAGUGUUGUAAUUACUUGAUGAUAUACGUGUAAGGAUGAAUUUGAUUCUUUGCGUUCCAUAUUGAAGUCAUAGGAAGCUGCUUUUUAGUUAGGUCUAACUUAUGUUUAGGUUUAGGCAGGUUGAUCUUUUUGGCUCUUGAUCAAGUAUGUUUCUCCUUAGACAUCAAACAGUAGCUAGUGUAAUUCUAAGAUGCUUCUUUUAUUUUAUUUUAAUUUUUUUAAUUUCUUUAUUGUAACCUUGACCAGUGAUCUUUUUUGUAUGAGAAGUCUCUCUCCACAGAUGUUUAUGUUCAGUUCUGUAGUUUGGAUCCAUGAGAAAGGGAAAAUUCUUCUUAUUUUGCCAAUGAUAUAC